UACAUCAAUAAAAUGAUCGGGACCAGCUGUCCGAGUUAAGAUGGCCACUACGCUGGAGAAACAUCGAGUGUUUAUUCAUAUCUAUGAUGAAAAGUCCAUGGCAGUUCCCUGGGAUUAAAAAGAAAGAAAAUCACGUUUUCGUGGGGCUAUCAUGGCUGAACAAGGUACGAGCUGACCAGGGAGUAGAGAACGUGGACAUCGCCCGGUUUAUGUUCACAGUCCGUGGCAACAAUCGUGGAAGUUUCAUUUCGGGAAAGAGUAUCCACAAUCAAAGGAUAGAGCGGUUAUGGCGAGAUUUGUGGAUCUCUGUAUCGUUCAAGUAUUCCAACCUUCUGUACACUCUUGAAGAAAAUUACAUACUGGACAUCUCGUCCAUAGACGACAUAUUCUGUGUCCACUACGCAUUUCUUCCAAGACUCAAAAAAGACUUGGAGAUCUUCACUGAAGGCUGGAACCACCAUCCAAAGCGCACUGAGGGAAACCGAAGUCCGAUGCAGAUGUGGGAAUGUGGACAGAUGUUCAACAACAGUGAUGCUUAUUCUGAGAACAUUGCAGAUCUUCAAGAGCCGUACAUUGAUUGGGAGACUGCGGCUCAUUACAAUGGCAACAACUCGGAACCUGAAACUGGCAUUGUGGUGCCUGAAUAUGAUUGCCCUCUAACUGAGGAGGAGCUGAAUGAACUCCAAACUCUCAUUGAUCCGACUGAUCCAAACUUGACUAAUGAACAACUAUACAUUGUCUGCCAUGAACAUGUGAAACGACUGCGCAUACAAUGGGUUUGGAGUUCAUUCAUCCUCACUGAGCAAAGACUGAUCCAAAACACAUCUCCAAGGCAUCAUCUCUCUACUUACAUUGGAUCGAACCUAAAUCUCCUGCAUGACAAACUCAAUGUUACUUCGGAUGCACUGAUGGUCCAGAUGGUAGAAAUCUCACCUGUCAUGCAGGAGGUUUAG